GAGACUUCACCUGCAGCUUUGCCACACUUGAUGUCGAAACUCAAGCAACAAUCAGCCUCACUGUGAACGGUGAGGCAGAUUUUUUUAAUGCGACAAAACGUGACCCCGGUACAAUACGCUGACGAAUAUUGGAGGGGGGGGGGGAUAUAAAAUCCGCGAGAAUUUCACUUCAGCGCAACGGGACUUUACGUAGGAGGGAGGGGGUCUUGGGCCGGCAGCCCCAGCCAAGUGGGGACCCCACGUAGGGGGGCGGGGGGGAGAUAACUAACAUACUAAGGGGAGACCAGGGACAGAGGGAAGGGGGUUUCGUUUUUCCACCACACUCCACUACUUAGCAGUUCCACAUUUUUAAACAAUGACUCCGUUUACUACAAGCGUGUUUGUAUCUCCCAGGAGGAAAAGCUCCGUGAAAAGUUCCCUUGUUAUUAUGACGCUGUUCUAAACAAAUCCUUUAUAAAGUCCGAGGCUCACCCAGCUGACACGAGCAUGAUGGUGGUACUGGUGGUAGGACCUAAGGGAUGUGGGCUAUCGUCCCUCCCCGUCCCCCACUCGACCACGAGAAACCAGUACAGUGCAGUCCUCGCAUAACGCGUGGUGGUGUUAACACGACGCAUUGCCGCCAUAACGUGGCUUACCAUCCGGGAACACUUUUCACACAGCGCGGAUUGCGCGCCAUGGUAACGCCACCUUAGGAAAUUUGGAGAUCCGCCUCUACGUGAUACCCGAAAACACCAGUGAACAUAUUUAUCUGCUGUGGAACCAGUCUCUCUAGAGGGAGACCAAUGAUGACCUUAAAAAAAGUGGUACAUAUACACCAAGCCCACCUUGGCACACCCGCACACGAUCUGAUGAUAACGGCUCCAUCUCCACGGUGGAGGCAUCUCGGACACUUUAUCUUCCUUGGCUACCACUCCACCAUUACUCUCGGAUUGUUGUGUCACGAGAUCAUCAGGGUGGAUUGACCACGGCUAAUAAGGAUGAUCUCAAGCCUAGAAACAUGAGCUUGAGUCCACCUCUAACCACUAUUUAAACUCACAACCUUCCAACUGUGAGUCAUAAUAACUGACCACAACUCCACCCAGUUAAACCAAAUGUUAGAUGGACAAAAUAUUACCAUGAAACAGCCACACCAAACAUAACCUUCAUCCAUUUUCGUCCCUCCCCCAAAUGUUAUCUCAAUUGUGCGAUAAGUGUCAUGAGAUGAACAAUCAGCUUGGAUCUCCCACAGUUAACCCUUUCCCAUUCCGAGACGUCUGCAAGUUGCAGGGUGAGGUCCCGUUCACCACUGAAUCUUGGAACGUGCAAGCGGGUUAGUGUUCAUUUGACUUUCAAAGCCAUAGUCUCGUUGUUUUCAAGCAUUGUACUCACUGCAGAGAACCGUAUGAUAGAUGGUGCCAAACUGUGCCACACACCCUCCCUCAUUGCCUUGUGGAAGCCUCAGAACUAAUAGUUAUUUUCAUUUAGUUUUUAUUCCGAAUCUGUACAUAUACAUAAUCAGAAUGUAAUUGUUCCAUUAUGACCUACACGUAUAACAUCGGAAUGGGAAAGGGUUGUGUGUUCCUUCUUGUUAGAGAACGGCCCACGGAAGCAGAUAACAGAGCUACCUCUGAUAUCCCUUUAAGUAACCUCUGCUCCACACAGUAGAGGCCUAGCACUUAACUGCUAUCUAACCAUCUCUGUGUUUCUGUGUCUCUGUGCCCCAGCUCCCCCGAACGUCUCCCUCGAGUUGAACCCAUCCCAGUUGAUAGACGGCAUGGGGCUGGUGACCGUGGCCACGUGCGUCGCUCAGGAAGGAAAACCCGCAGCCUCCAUCACCUGGAGUGGCCUCCAUCAGGGCAGCUCCAGUGAGACCACAGAGGUGGUGCCCGACGGCACAGUGACCGUGAAGAGCCGCUACCAGAUGGAGCCCAAGUACGAGAGCCACGGGCGGACGCUCACCUGCAGGGUGGAGCACCCAGCAUUCGAGUUUCCAGUAAAUCUCUCCACCACCCUCGACAUCCACUUUCCACCGAAUGUCUCCCUGGAGUUGAACCCAUCCCAGUUGGUCGAUGGCAUGGGGCUGGUGACCGUGGCCACGUGCGUUGCGCAGGAAGGACAACCCGCAGCCUCCAUCACCUGGAGUGGCCUCCAUCAGGGCAGCUCCACCGAGACCACAGAGAUGGAGACUGAUGGCAAGGUGACUGUGAGGAGCGAGUACCGAAUGGAGCCCACGAAAGAGAGCCAGGGGCGGACCCUCACCUGCAGGGUGGAGCACCCGGCGCUGAAGCCACCUCUAGUGGAGCUCUCGACCACCCUCGACAUCCACUACAAACCAAGUGUGAGCAUCGCUGGCUACGACGGCGAUUGGUACGUGGAUAAGGAAGCAGCUUCGUUGACUUGUGAAGCAGACGCGAACCCAAACAUCAUGCACUACCUUUGGGACAGGUAAGGGACCACAAGAAACUGUCAAUACAGCUACCUCUUGUUUUAUAGCGUGUAACUCGGUUGGAGUUAAGGAUAGAGCAGACUAUAGAACCUCAUUCUCACAUCCACAUAUUUCACUGGUUACCAUACAUUAUAUUUGCAAUACUACCAUACAUGUAUUACAGAUAAUGACAUCCUAUUUAAAAAAAAAAUAAAGUUAAACAAAAAUAUUUGUACACGUAGUGAGAUGUUUGAAUGUGGCGGCGUAACUGGGGCUUGUGGAGGGGAGGAGUGGAGAGAAUUGGUGGGAUUACUGGAGAGAGAGAGGGGGGUAAUGGAGAUGAUGGCGUGAUCGAAUGUGUGCACCAGGAAAAGUUCACGUCGACAAGAUCUUCAAAAUAGCACACGAGAAUGAGAUGCUGAUGCCGCUUCCCACGCUUGUGGUUGUUGUCAUACUGCUGCACUUCAGGCAGCAUUGCUACUGAACUUUGCUGCCUGACUAACGAUGAGCUCGCAAGCGUGUCCCGUACACCAUGGCCAACGCGGUAGAGCACGUCAUUUCAAUGAUAGUGCGCGAAAAACUAAAUUAAGUGUAAAUUAAUCAAACGCGCUAUUUCACAAUCGCGUUACAUAAACGCGCAUAAAACGCGAGGCGACUGUAUUUGCCAUUGUUACAGCCCUUUCUCAAACAGUGACUAGAUGUAGUUCUUCCACUCCCUAUUCCGUGGCUGUUAUGCAACAUGUUUUGCCAUACUGCUAGAUUGAAAACUAAUUUCUUUAGAACUGCUUGUGUUUAGUUUGUUCUCUUUUCCCCGCACCUCAGAUUACCACGGUUGGCUACCUAUAUGGUCCAAAAGAAGUUCAACAUACAUACUGUACAUCUAAUUACAUUUCUCUUCGCAGUUUUUGCAGCAGUGUAAUCACACGAUAAUGACCACGUGUCGUGCUCCCCGUGUUGUGGUGUGGUUGCUCUUAGGCAAGACGGCUCCCUGCCCAACGGGACGGUUGUGAGCGGCAACUCCCUGUCCUUUGAGCGGCCGCUAGUGGAGUCAGACUCUGGGUCGUUCUCCUGCUGGGCCAAUAACUCUGUGGGCUGGGGCGAGGCGGUGGUUAUCAUUACCAUCCGGUCAGGUACAACUACGGCUGCUACAACCACCGCUACUACAACAACUAUAUCCACUAUGCCCAUGGCAGCCACAACACCAGGUAUCAGCGCAGAUACAUCAGCAGCUGCUUUCCUUUGUUGACAUCCCACCGGCCCCUCAUAGGUUUGUUUUUCCUUUGGUGUGAAGUCUGUAAAUCAUGAGAACACAUUAAAAACAUUUGGGCAGGCCAGAAAAGCAAAUAGAUUUAACAAAACAAACACACACAAAGCUCUGGUUGCGUGUACUCUCAAAAGCUUGGUCUCUGACAAAAUGGCUGCAGUUAUUUUGAACUGGUGGUUUUGCAUCAGGCAGACAUAUAUUUUAUACAUGUGUAGUGUGUUACUCACACCGACACGUUGUAACAAGUCACCUGCUUACACUUUAUUCACAUAUUCUUGCACCAGUUGUAGGCAAUCCUAUAACUAUCUAUCCCGUCACUUAUGUUUAACUUCUCCCCACUCUUGUCUACCUUCCACGUCACUCAUGCUGCACUCAGCAGCGUCUCUUUAACUCUUGUCAGGCCGGCGCCUGUCGGCCCAUCAAUCAACCCUUAACUCCCGUCUCCCUGGCAACACCUCCAGUCUCAACGUGCACAACCAGUCGACCCCGUUUGCACCUGCUUCACCCCUUAACAACUGGCGGUUUGUCCGUGCAACUCCAUGUUGCACACGCGCACCUGUUUGCCCUCAGUUGCCCUCAGUUAACUGUGCACUCCGCGUAUUUCACUCCUCUACACGUGUAAUGACAGGGUGACACCUGCUGGCCUGUCAGGGUAAUUAAGGUUAUAGCUGGAUUACAUAAUGCCUUAUUAUGAAGGGGCGUAUCCGGGGUAAAGUUUAGGGGCAGUGUCAGUGGGCAUUCGCUUGGCAACGUCACGUGCGGUGAGGUAAAGUGUGGGUACUCCCCACCUUUCCACCAAGACGUCUCACUGGCGCAGAAAAGUAAGCCAACAUACCCAUCAGGAGGGGCUCUCAAAAGGAGGGGGGAGACGCUUCCACCAGCAGUGGCGUGGGUGAGCAAAUUGCAUGGCUGUACUGUUACCCAAUUUAACAUCUAUGUAAGAUUAAAAAUGACCCGCAGAUGUGUUUGUCUUUUGUAGGUGGUGGUGAUAAUGGUGGUGGUGGCGGCGGUAUAGAGCCCUGGGUCAUAGCUGUCGCCGUCAUUGUGCCACUUUUGGUUUUGGCUGCAGUGGCUGGAUCCGUUUUCUUCUUCUGCUUGAAGAAGAAGGGGAUUCAAGCAACGUGAGUUCCCAAUGAUUGAUUUAGAUCAAGGUGAUGAGUGUGUUCCUGCUCAUGGACAAGAGGGUUGGUUGGACCAGUGUUGCCAACUGCUUGAAGCAGAAUGUAGCAAAAAAUACAGGAUGGUCGCCAGAGCAGUGUUGUCACCUAUUUAUUGUAUUUUACCAGGUAAGGCCCAAUAAGCUAUAUAGUAGUUUUUCAGAAGCAACCUGGCUAUCACAAAUAAAGUGGCAUGUUAUGUGGACAGCAGCUAAAUAUGCUAAACGCGUGAUGUUGAUUCUAAAUAAAGAGGGGAAAAAAACACAGGUCCCAGAAAAAAUGCACGUGACCACUGGGAGAGAGACACCGCAAACUCCAAAUAUACAGCAGGUUUCAGGGUCGGGAUUGAAUCCACGACCUCCUGGUAUUCAGGUCAAAAAGGUUCCUAAAGUAAACAAAAACAAACGUAGACUUUUCAUGGGAAGAAGAGUUUACAAUAUCAGAAAAUACAUCAAUGUUGACCUCUACAGCCAUUGCUGCACAGCCAUCAAUGGUGCUAUGGGCGGCAAUGUGUCCCAGCGGGUAGCGCAUUCGCCCCCUGCUGUUGCAGAGGUUGCACGGUUCGAAUCCAGCAGCGGCCCUUUUUUACAUACCGAGGCAGGUGUAGGUGUAUUAACCGUGACGAAACCGUGCGCCGCCAAGAUUCACCGUGGACAGCACGGCUCGGGAUUUUGUUGUUAUCAAUGUCUAACGUUUGUCUGCAGGAGCAAGAGACGACAUGGCAGAGACGCUUCAGAAAGUUCCACACACCGACCGGUAAGCGGCGUCCAUGCUCGACACAAACGACGAUGAGCCGGAGUGAUUCCCAGUCACGGCGAUUCCCACCCGGACUGAAUCCCAGCUGCAGCGAUUAACAACCGGAGUGAUUCCCAGCUGCAGCAAUUCUCAGCCGCUGCAAAAGGAGAGUCGAAGUGUCGCGAUGCUCGCCGCCCUUUUUUACAGCCCUGCUGGAAAUUCAAGACUAUGAAACUAAAUUUUGAUUUAAAGCUUUCGUGACUGCA